CUGAUCGGGUGAAUUCGACCUGGGAACAGCUGAGGGAAAAGACGAACGCAAAGAUUAGUGUUUGAUUGAACCUCAAAAUCAACAUAUUUUAGGUCAAAAAAUCGAUAAAAGAAGGGGGUCUUCUAACAUGGUUUUUGCGUUAUGAGUUCAAGAGGGGUCUUCAAUCGUAGGGGGGUCCUCUAUUGUGUCCAUCCCUUUACAUGUUUUUUUCUCCAUACAGGUAACAUUUGAAGCUGUUGACCAUGAUCAAAAUACGCUUAUCCGACAUUUACACGAGCGUAUUACUGAUUUGAGAGAUGAUAAUAUUCGUUUACGACAACAAUCACGAUCAACGCCAACAGCAACAAUAACAUCACCGUCGAAUACGAGAGUAUAUUCGAAUGAUUUUAAUCGAUAUUCGUCAGACAAUAAAAAUGAUGAAUCGUUCAAUUCAAAUUUCACUGUGCAAUCUCAAAGUGGACGAAAUAUGACCUAA